CAAAAAGCUUGUUUUCGGCCGCUGGGCCUCAGUUGUCAUCGAGAGGGAAGUCGAGAGCAGUUGUCUUCGCCCUCACUGGAUUGAAAAUGAGGGUUAUCCUGGGCUUGUUGGUGGCAGCUGUUGCUGUCAAUGCCAGUAGCCAUUUCCUCUCUGACAAAUUUAUCAGACAGCUUCAGAGUGAGGAUUCUACAUGGGAGGCUGGGAGGAACUUCAACAAGCACCUCUCCAUAAAGUACUUCCGACGACUCAUGGGUGUCCAUCCUGAUUCCAAAUUCCACAUGCCCAAGUACGAAGCUCACCAGAUUCCUGAGAACUUUGAAAUGCCCAAAGAGUUUGACUCUCGAGCUGCCUGGCCGAUGUGUCCCACAAUUGGUGAAAUUCGUGACCAGGGUUCCUGUGGAUCUUGCUGGGCAUUUGGAGCUGUAGAGGUGAUGAGUGAUCGGCAGUGUAUCCACAGCAAGGGCAAGAGCAACUUCCACUAUUCUGCAGAAAAUCUUGUGUCUUGUUGCCACCUCUGUGGUUUUGGAUGUAACGGAGGUUUCCCAGGUGCAGCUUUCAAGUACUGGGUGCACAGUGGUAUUGUAUCAGGAGGCUCGUUUAAUUCCACUCAGGGAUGUCAGCCCUAUGAGAUUGCUCCUUGUGAACAUCACGUCUCAGGACCCCGACCCAAGUGCUCUGAGGGUGGUGGCACCCCAAAGUGUGCCAAGACAUGUGAGAAGGGCUACAUUGUGGACUACGAGAGUGAUCUGCAUCAUGGAGGCAAAGCAUACAGCAUCAUGAAAGAUGAAGACCAAAUCAAGUAUGAGAUCAUGAACAAUGGGCCUGUGGAAGGAGCUUUCACCGUUUAUGUGGACUUCCUUCACUACAAGUCUGGUGUGUACCAGCACCGCCAUGGCUUACCUUUGGGUGGACAUGCCAUCCGUGUCCUUGGGUGGGGCGAAGAGAAUGGCACUCCCUAUUGGCUGUGUGCCAAUUCAUGGAACACGAUGGGGGACAAUGGUCUGUUCAAGAUUCUGAGAGGUUGUCACUGUGGCAUUGAGAGUGAAAUUUCAGCUGGGUUUGUCUAUAUCAGCGUUCCUGUAAAUGUAAAAAAAGGCCUGAGUGUUAUAGGUUUCGAAAGGACGGUGAAUACGAAGCUGACGGGCAAUAUUGAUAACGCUGUAACCCUCAGCACCGUGGCAACCAAUGUACUGAAGGAUGUUAUCAACGAAAUGAUCCAAUUACAUCUCGACCAUGUAUACUUAGGUACUACGAUCGAUGGAGCUAAGCGUAUGGUUCUCCGCUCUGACAUAGCGCGUUCUAAUUUUCCCGUCGCUCAGAUGACUUUGGCCUAUGUUGAGCGUUCUCGUGAUGUACGGAAUUUGGAAAUUUAUCAGUCUAUGGACAUGAAUCUCUAA